AUGUCAGGUUCUUUGCAAAUCCAGUUUGUUCCAUCAAUUCAAAUGGAAGAUCAAAAGGAAUGCGAAGCCAUCAGAUCACAGUUACAAAGUGCAAGCAAGGGAAACCACGUUCCACGUUUAGUUUCCGUCAAGCUUCGGUCUUCACCUGCGGAGAUCAACAAAGAAGAGGCCGACAAGCAAUAUCAGUUGUUGACUCUUACUCGAUCCCGUGUCAGAGAAGAUCUAGAACAGCGAAAGGCAGAUGCAUAUCAAAUAAACCGGAAAUUAAUUUGGUUUCUCCAGCAUGAUCAUUAUAUUAAAUGGAAGACGCAGGAAAUCAAGAAUCUUGAACGUUGCUUAGGUAAAGCCGAGAUUCAUAUGCCAACGAAUUUAGUCCCAAAAAGAAAUGGUUUUUUUUCUUUGCCGGAAAAAGAUUCUCGAACACCUGUAAGACCAGAUCGAAAACGCAGCCAAAAGAGGCUGAUAAAGAAAGAGAGGGUGGACUCGCAUUAUUUGCAACAAGUUCAGGAAGAACUUCUUUGUUCUAAGAAAUCGGGUGGAAUGACAUCAUCUGGUACACAAGAAGUUAACGACCUGAUCGAUAGCAUGGCACAAAGGAUCCAACAUGGGAACAAGUGUCGGGCUGAUGAAAUGAAAAUUUAUCGUGAAAUGAGAAACGUCAAGGAAACAAGAGAAAUUUACACUGCACCAGAUCAACCCAAGCAUACUCGUAAUUGGUACACAAGAGAAAGAACGUCGAAGAGAAUUAUAGAUUCCCUAAGAUACAUACAACAUAAGAUAAAUAUUCGAUUAGACGAUAUUGAGGACUUGAAAAUGGAUCUGAAGGGACGUAAAACUAGAGUUACACGACUUAAAGUGGAUAUGGAACUUGUAAGAAAGAACAUUUGUUGUUUACAGAAGGAGCUUGAAGAUGUUAACACAAAGAGAAUUAAAGCCUAUCAACGUGCUUAUGAACUUGGAGAGCAAAAGAAAGGAUUGGUACAGUAGUACAUAUUUUUUGUUAUCACAAACAUACAUAUAUCAUUAAACUUGAAGGCUAUAGCUAAAAUGAUUGCUUUUGCACAGAAAGGGGAUGCUGAUCAGCAUUCGUUCUUAGGUGUUGUUUAAUCUGUAUUAUAUCUAGCAGCGGUC